AUGGAGCCGAACGCAUCAGCCAACGCCGUGCGUCACAAAACGACGAAGCGCAAGCAGAUUUCCCUUAAAGACAAGCUUGAUAUCAUCGAGCAAGUUGAGAAGGGAAAAAAGCAGGUGGACGUCGCCGUGGCCUACGGCUUGUCGAAGCAGACGGUUAGCACUAUCAUCAACGCCAAAGAGGCAGUCUUGGCGAAGAAAGUCUCAGGUGACUUGCAACCCAAGAGGUUCCGGCUCCGCGAAGCUUCAUAUCCUGACGUUGAAGAGGCCCUGCUGAUGUGGCUUCGUGACGCCCGUUCGCGAAAUAUACCCGUUAACGGACUGCUGCUACGAAAACGCGCGGAGCAACUUGCCGUUGUUCUUAACCAAGAACAGUUCCAGUGCAGCGAAGGCUGGCUGAGCAGAUUUAAAUCUAGGCAUGCCAUCGCAUUUAAGUGCCUUUCUGGAGAGUCUGCCAGCGUCGACGACACUGUUGUAGCCGACUGGAUAGCAGAUGUUCUACCUGCACACAUUGAAGGCUACGCACCGCGGGAUGUAUUCAAUGCCGAUGAAAGCGGCAUUUUUUAUAAGUUAAAACCAGGCAAGACUUUUUGUUUUGGCGAUGACUUAUGCCACGGUGGCAAGAAAUCUAAGGAUCGCAUUAGCGUUCUCUUCUGCUGCAAUAUGGACGGGAGCGAGAAAGAAAAACUCCUGGUGAUAGGGAAGUCGAGAAGACCACGGUGCAUGCGCAAUAUGCACGUUCCCGUGGACUGGCACUCCAACAAAAGUGCUUGGAUGACAAAAGAUAUUUUUAACAAAUGGCUACUCAAUUUUGACAGCAAGAUGGUGAAGCAGAAAAGGAAUGUGAUACUAUUCCUGGACAAUUGCUCAAGCCAUAUGCAGCUUCCCGGGCUUCAUGCAACGAAGGUGGCGUACUUUCCGCCGAACACAACAUCAAGAGCUCAGCCGAUUGACCAAGGUAUUGUGCACUCAGUGAAGUCACGGUACCGCUCACGCCUUGCUGAGCGUUUGCUUUUUGACAUGCAGCAGACGCGGGACUCAGUGAUCGACCUGAAAUUUGCCGUGCAGGUGCUGUCAACUGUAUGGGCGCAGAUUCAGCCAGGAAUCGUAAAGAAUUGCUUUAGGAAAGCAGGUUUUCGAGUUGACAGCGACUGCACAGACUGCUUGCCACAGGAAGAUCAACCAGAUCCUGGUGUGUGGUCAGCUGGGGAGGAGGCCUUUGGGAGCCAGCAGUUUUCGGAUUACGUCACUGCAGAUGAUGACCUGGUCAGCUCAGAGCAGCUGACAGAUGAAGAGAUUGUAGCCCGAAUUCGCCAAGUGCCUAAUGCUGAGCAAGAAGAAGAACAAAAUGAAGAAGGCAACUCAGGGAUUGUCACAGAGGAGGUCACAACUUCUCAGGCGUUGGACUACAUUCAAGGGCUCAAAGACUAUUUUGAACAACAGGCCACGACUUCAGAUGAAAUGAACACACUUGUCAUGAUGGAGACACGUAUAGUGUCUAAAGGUGUCCGCCACACAGUACAGGCAAAGCUGACUAGCUUCUUUCAAAACAUUUAA